GUGAUAAAAGUUUACAGUAUGCACAAACAAAAUUUGGUGGUAAUUUAAAUGAAAGUGCUGAUUUAAGUGAUAAAAGUAAAGAUUUAUUUAACAGUGACUCUUCGGAUGUAGAUAUUCCUUUGGGACAGACAGUGUUUAGAAACGUAGAGGUUGACACUCAGAGAGUUAGCGAACCAACUGCUGGACCUAGUGUAACUACGGCCGACGAAUCACCUGAUUUGUCUUGUUUAAAUUUUUAUACACUCUCUUUACAAAUACAAUCUGAAUUACAGGCCAUUGAAUUUUGUCAAAAAUCGAAACUACUACCAACGAAAGUGUUAUGUCCAAAUUGUAAAAAUGAAAUUUCAAAACUGUUAAGUAUUAAAAAAAAAAGUCAUAAUUAUAGUACAUACACAAUGUACAUGUACAGAUUCCAGUGCAAUAAAAAAAUCUGUAAAAAUAAAGGGAAAAAUCAAGUUCAACUAAGAAAAGGAACAUGGUUCGAAGCUUCCAAUCUGUCAAUAAGACGUAGUUUGUUAAUUUUAUAUUGUUUUGCUAAAUAAUUUUCUAUUGAACAAGCACAGAAUGAGACAACAAUACCAGAGGAAGAAAUAGUGGGAAAAGUAAAAAAAACAUCUUCUGAAACUAUUUUGGACUAUUAUAACUAUUGUAGAGAAAUCUGUUCAUCCGCCGUUGAAAAGGACGGUUCGAGUACAAUAGGUGGAGAUGGAUGCACAGUGGAGAUAGAUGAAGCCAAAUUUGGCAAGCGUAAAUAUAAUCGUGGCAGAUUAGUUGAUGGACAGUGGGUUUUUGGUGGCAUAUGCCGCGAAACCAGACAAUUUUUUUUGGUUCCAGUGGAAAAACGCGAUAGUAAAACGCUGUUGCCUAUAAUCCAAAAACAUAUCAAACCAAAUACAAAAAUCAUAUCUGACUGUUGGAAAGCAUACAGUAAAACUGAGGAACUGCCGGAAAACUACACCCACGAAACUGUUAACCAUUCUAAAAAAUUUGUUGGUAAAUAUAUGUUGUGUUUUUAUGAAUCGUAAUUACAAUUAUUUAUUUGACAAAUGAUACUGUUAAAUUUUGUAUUGUUAAAUGUUUUUUUAAAUUAUGCUUAAAUAUAUAUUUCAGACCCCACUACAAAGGCUUGUACCAACUUGAUUGAGAACAGAUGGUGGUGCAUCAAACGCCAGUUACCGAGCACUCAUAGCACCAGAGGCAAUUUCGGUUCACAUCUUUGCGAAUAUAUGUGGAGAAGUAAAAUCAAGAAAGAACAUGUAUUCGCAGAAUUGCUAAAGGCCAUCGCUAACGACUAUUCAUUUUAAUGGAAAAAAAUGACAUACAUCAUAUAAAACUACAAGGAAGAAUUUCACAACUGGAUCAGACAUUUUUAAGCAGUACGAAUUCGAAGAUCAGAAGUUCUCAAAUAAUGGAUCGUACUAAAAUCAACAUUCUCCAAAACAUCCACGAAGAGAUGGUCAAAGGUACAUUCAAUGACCUUGACAUUAUCUGUGAGAAUGGGACAACGAGCGCAAACCGUUUGGUCCUGGCAGCGAUGUCAUCUUACUUCCGGGCAAUGUUAACAUCAGACAUGACAGAGAGUCGGACGGGCGUCUUAAAUCUGCCCACGGUCUCGGUGUCGGUGUUCCAGGAUAUUCUUAAGAUGUCUUUCUGUUCAGUGGAUCUUGUAAAUGAAGAUAACUGCAUCAAAAUGUUAGACGCAUGCGAAAUGAUGCAGCUUGAUGACAUCAAAGAUCUGUGUCAUUGUUAUCUUAAGAAAAGUCUAGUGAUCAACACCGACAAUUGUCUACACUGGUGGAGACUUCUGAAUCGCUACAAUGUUCCUGAUUUGUCCAGGAGAGCAUUCUCUUAUCUGACAGAAAACUUGACCGACUUUGUUGAAAGAGAAAACAUUUUUCAUUUGUCAAAGACAGAACUCUUAGAAGUAUUGUCUAAAGAUGAUUUGAAAUGUAAAGAAGAUGUAAUUAUGAAAGGUGUCAUGAAGUGGAUUGAAAGGAACAACCCGGAUGCAGAUGAUGUAAAAGGUAUAUUUGAAAUGAUCAGAAUUGAUCUUGUUGAUGCAAAGUUCCUCAUUGCCAAUGUGGUAUUUUCUAAAUUAAUUUCAGAAAAUAACUCUGUUCAGCAAAUGAUAAAAGAUGUGACACUUUCAAAACUUUGUACACUGUCUACCAGCAGAUUUCGUAGUGGGCGUCCAAAUGUUUUUGUGUUGUACUACAACAAAACGUCACUUCUGUCUUGUUUUACAUCAGAUGGGACAUGGGAAGACGCUCCACCUGCUCCAGUAGAUCCUGGAUGGUGUUAUUCAGCAGCAAGACUAGAUAACAAGAUCUACAUCACUGGUGGUGGCAUUAGAGGAAAAUGUACACUCGUUUACGACGUCUGUAGAAGAGAGUGGGGAACAGGUCCAGAUCUCGAACAACAACGCAUUAUUCACUGCAUGGCCACAGCUAAUUCUAAAGUGUAUGCAAUUGGUGGUGGGUACAGCAACACGAUUGAAGAGAUGAGCGAGAGUGGAACACGUACGCUGGCAGGUUGUUGGAGAUUUGAAACAGAAGAGAGAACAUGCAUUCGCUGCUACAGUUGGACACAACAUUCUGGUGAUGGGUGGACUGAGUGGUGAAAGUGGAUCAGAUGUUAUCCAGUGUUUCAAUACAGCGACUCGCUGUGUGUCUAACCUCAGCUCACGUUUACCAUACAGCUCGAUGUGUCUGAGAGGUUCGGUUCACCUCCCUGAUGUAUAUCUGCUGGACAAUGAUGGAAAUGUGAUGCACGUCCAGGUCACUGACAGUGAUGGUGAAAUCAAGAUUGAAGUCAAGUCAACAGCGAAAUGGCGAUCAUUUCAAUAUUAUUUUGGUGUAGUAUGGCAGAACGGAAGCUUGCUGUCCUUCAGUGGCUGUGACACUAAGUGUAAAAUUAUAAAAUACAACCUGGCUGAAGGGAAAGAGGACAAUAUAACUUUCCCAGAAUCAACGAGACGUGGUUAUGUGUAUGGUGUUCUGCCAGUGUCUCAUAAAGUAUAACAGAUUUUGGAUUGAGUUUAUUCUGGGACAUAACAUCGUUUGUAUUUAAUCUCACUGAUCAAGUGGGUCUCUUCCUAUUAGGAUCUAUUUAAAUUAUGCGUAAAACAUUAAUAGCAGUUUGAUGAAUUUGGUCACAAAACCUGUAGAGAAACUAAAAUUUGAUUUAACCAAAAAAAACAACAACAUAAUAAUAAAAAUAAUAAAUAAAUAAAUAAAAAAUGCACCAAAAUUAUAACGCCUUAAAUAAAUGUAUUCAAUUGUUUCUCGAAUUAUCUUUUUGAUCGAUUAAUUAAAUAUAUUCGUUGAAAUCAAUUUUAAUUUGUAUAUUUGGCGAUUUUGAUAACAAAGGCUAAAGAUGGGGUCGGGCACCACUUCACCUAUUUUGGUUUGUGACUGGAUUAUGGCUACGGAGCUAUAAACCGUGGGAUAAGGCUUUAUUUUGUUUGGCUAAUUCUAGGUGUUUAAAGCUGCUGUUAUAACAGUGUUUACUAGUGCAAAAGACAAACGUAACAACACUUUUAAUAAACUCGAGCUGCGGCUCGUCUUCACAAUAAACGUACAUCAUGAAAAACGUCUUGUCAUUAUGAAGACGAUAAUAACGGAAAGGUAUCUUGUCAGUUAUUUCCCUUUAUUGGAUUGGGUCCAUCUCAAAGAGAAAAAGAAGAAAAACAAUCGUACUGUACGGAGAACUUUCGUAUAAGACUGACUGUUUGCAACACAAUGCGCUUCGUGCAUUAACACAGGUGUCAAUUCAGUGUUUUACUUAUGUGUAUAAUCAAAUAAUUAAUGUGCGUAAUCAAAUAAUGUGUUUCUGGUUGUGUGUGUAACAUAUUGACCAAGUGCUUAUUUCUUACGAUCCCUAGUUCUCGUUCCAGGCAGGGCACCACGACUGGUUUAUCAAAGGUGUCAAUUCAGUGUUUUACUUAUGUGUAUAAUCAAAUAAUUAAUGUGCGUAAUCAAAUAAUGUGUUUCUGGUUGUGUGUGUAACAUAUUGACCAAGUGCUUAUUUCUUACGAUCCCUAGUUCUCGUUCCAGCCAGGGCACCACGACUAGUUUAUCAAAGGCCGUGGUGUGUACUACCCUGUCUGUGUAGUCCUACACCAUAUGUUUGAUUAUGAGAGACUAGAAUACAGCAUUCGUGGCUGUUAGACACCGUUACGGUCCCUAGUUCUCGUUCCAGCCAGGGCACCACGACUGGUUUAUCAAAGGCUGUGGUGCGUACUACCCUGUCUGUGUAGUCCUUCACCAUAUGUUUGACUAUGAGAGAUUAGAAUACAGCAUUCGUGGCUGUUAGACACCCUUACAGUCCCUAGCUCUCGUUCCAGCCAGGACACCACGACUGGUUUAUCAAAGGUCGUGGUGCGUACUACCCUGUCUGUGGGAUGGUGCAUAUAAAAAAUCCCUUGCUGCUAAUCGCAAAGAGUAGCCAAUGAAGUGGCGAUAUUGAAUUUCCUCUCUCAUUAUCUGUGUGGUCCUUCACCAUAUGUUUGACGUCGUUAAAUAAAAGAUUUCUUUCUUUCCCUUACGGUCUCACGAUAUAUAAAGACCGAAAACGCAUUCCGUCUUUGAUUAGACAUGAAGUCAAAGGUCAUUCUUCUCUCUCAUAUAUGAUGUUACCAUGUGUUACACCGUGUAUAUAUUAAGGGUCUCACGUGUAAUGUUUAUAAAGUGUGUGUCGUCAUAUAUGAUGUUACCAUGUGUUACACCUUGUAUAUAUUAAGGGUCUCACCAGUAAUGUUUAUAAAGUAUGUGUCGUCAUAUAUGAUGUUAUAAAGUAUGUGUCAUCAUAUAUGAUGUUACCGUGUGUUACGCCGUGUAUAUAUUAAGGGUCUCACGGGUAAUGUUUAUAAAGUGUGUGUCAUCAUAUAUGAUGUUACCGUGUAUAUAUUAAGGGUCUCACGUGUAAUGUUUAUAAAGUGUGUGUCAUCAUAUAUGAUGUUACCGUGUGUUACGCCAUGUAUAUAUUAAGGGUCUCACGUGUAAUGUUUAUAAAGUGUGUGUCGUCAUAUAUGAUGUUACCGUGUGUUACACCGUGUAUAUAUUAAGGGUCUCACGUGUAAUGUUUAUAAAGUGUGUGUCGUCAUAUAUUAUGUUACCGUGUGUUACACCGUGUAUAUAUUAAGGGUCUCACGUGUAAUGUUUAUAAAGUGUGUGUCAUCAUAUAUGAUGUUACCGUGUGUUACACCGUGUAUAUAUUAAGGGUCUCACGUGUAAUGUUUAUAAAGUAUGCGUCGUCAUAUAGGAUGUAACUAUGUGUUACACCUUGUAUAUAUUCUGAAUAUGUUUGUAUAGACAGCUAAAAUAAACCAGUCUAUGUAUACACUCAA